AGAAAUUUCAGGAGUGGAGGAGAGGCUUCUCUGUAACAUUAUUUGAAAAUUCACACACUUGCUAAACUCAUUUUAUUAUCUUCCAACUAAUAAUAUACUAUUCUUUUCUUUUUAUUUUUUGUUACAAAGAGAGAGUAUACUAUUCUUUUCUUCAACUCCACAAUAUGAUAUAGCUGCUUUUCCCUACAACAAGACCCAAUUCUGCUUCUCUUCUUUCAUUUCCAUCAACAGGUGAUGUAAACAUGAGUAUUUGCUUUCCUGUUAGUCAAUCUUCAAUAAGUGCUGUUGUCGUGAAAGGUCGUACUCAGCUGCUGAUGAGCAGUAACAUCUGCGGUCUUCAGUCCAGAGGAAUAUCCUGUUCAUUUUCUUCUGGUUUUUACCCAGGGAAGUCGGGGAAAAAUUAUGUUGGUCUUUCUAUUUGCACAAAACCAUCUUGUUCAACUGUCAUGGGCCAAACAAUAAGAGGAGGUUACCUUGGAUCAUGCUGCUCCAAGCAAAGGGGAAGUACUCAACUCUUUAAUUCUAUAGUAUCACGGAAGAAGCAUCGUGAAAUUUCAUUGGCAUGCCAAAGUAUGAGUAUGAGACUGUUGGUACCUAAACAAAAAAUGCUUUCCAAAGUUAAGUGUAAUGUUGGGCGAAUAAAUUGGCCACGCAGUUGUGCAUCUGUUGGUUUUAUUUUUGGAUUGUUUGUGUGUAAUUUAAGUUCUGAACCUGCGCAUGCUGAGGCAGAUUAUGAAAAUAGGAAAAGGAACGAUGACUGCGACGAGACAAAUGUUAAAGUCUCACACGGGAAGCAAGUUUACACCGACUAUUCUGUAAUUGGAAUACCUGGGGAUGGAAGAUGCUUGUUCCGCUCGGUUGCUCAUGGGGCUAGUUUGAGGUCUGGAAAACCCCCUCCUAGUGAAAGAUUUCAGAGAGAGCUAGCAGAUGAUUUACGGGCCAAGGUUGCUGAUGAGUUUGUCAAAAGAAGGGAAGAAACAGAAUGGUUUAUUGAAGGUGACUUUGAUUCAUAUAUUUCACAAAUAAGGAAGCCUCAUGUAUGGGGAGGUGAACCCGAAUUGUUCAUUGCUUCACAUGUUUUGCAGAUGCCAAUCACUGUAUACAUGUAUGAUCAGGAUGCUGGUGGAUUGAUAUCAAUAGCUGAGUAUGGCCAAGAAUACGGCAAGGAAAAUCCAAUUAGAGUUCUCUAUCAUGGGUUUGGUCAUUAUGAUGCAUUAGAUAUUCCUAAAAGGAAGGGCCCUAAAUCACGACUCUAGCAUUUCACUUUUCAAAUGUUGAAGAGAUUAAUAGAUUGCAUUAAGUUUCUUUAUUAAUAUUUAUUUAUAAUGUGUUUGCAUGUUUUAUGAAACUGCAGCUGCAACUGAUGUUGCAGCUGUAAAAACCGUUGGAUUUAUAGAGAUAAUUUUUCUCUCUCUAAACCAAACGAUUUAUAUAUAGGUCAAGUUUCAAUACACCCAAAAUGCAAGGGUAUAAUCAAGAGCUAAUUAUUAUUCACUUUA